CCACAUUAGUUAGAUAUAUCACAAUCGUAGUUAAGUGCUGGUUUUGACCAAACAAUGGAUCGUUAUCCUGGAAUUUCAAUUGGAAGACCAAAGAAUCCUGAUUAUUCCAUGGCAACGGAAAGACUGGCAACAUUCAACGACGUGGCAACAUUCAAAGACUGGUCAACAAAUGGGAUCGCUAUUGAAGAAUUAUCGAGUGCGGGAUUUUAUGCUACAGGAAGCCGAGACUUUGUAAGAUGCUUUUACUGCGGAGGAGGGAUGAAAGACUGGCAAAAAGAUGAUGAUCCUUGGAUAGAGCAUGCUAAAUAUUUCCCAGAUUGUGACUUUUUAAAGCUACACGUGGAUGAAGAGUUUAUAAAAUGGGCACAGUAUAAUAUGGAUGGAAAAGAUGCAAUGGAAUCUCCAUGUGAACACGUGAAAAAACGUCUUGUUCCUGAUCAGCUGAUAGAGGAUUUGAAUAGUAAGGCAUCCUUGCUUCUUCUGGACAGAGGGUAUAGGCAAGAGGAUGUUGAACAGGCGAUUGAAAGAGCAAGGGAAAAGCAAUGUAGCGGAGAUUUAAGCGCUCUAGUUACCAGUUGA